ACCAAGGGCUGGGAAGGAGCAGGAGAUUGAGCAGCACCAAAAUGUCAGAGGCAUCCAGGGCUCGGGCUGGUUUCCUUCGUCAGAGCGUGGUGGAGCGACUUCCGCGGGCUGCUUCCUACUGGGACCACUCAGCCACCAGGCUCACCCCCCACCUGCCCCCCACUAGCACCCUCCCAAUGCAAAAGGUUGGGCGAUUCGGGAGGAUGCCCCUUUCCUACGCCUCCGCUCCGAGUUUAAAGAAACCGGACACUGCAGGAGUGACCUCGGGCAGCGGGCUUGUUCCUGGAAGAGGAACGCCCACUCGGGGCUGGAUGCCAAGCAUUCAUGUUCCGCAUCCAGCCCCGGUGAAAUCAGUCCUUGCCCGCAGGAGAGAGGCCAUGGCGGCGGUGUUUCUGCCUGGCAAUCUCCAGGAUGAAGCCACUUGCUCUGUUUGCCUGGAGUUCUUCAAAGAUCCCGUGUCCAUCGAGUGUGGGCACAACUUCUGCCGGGCGUGCAUCAUCAAGAGUUGGAAGGACCUAGAGAUGGACUUCCCCUGCCCACAGUGCCGAGAGGUCUUCCAACAGAAGAGCUUCAGACCCAACCGGCAGCUGGCAAACAUGUCCGAGAUCAUCAGCCAGUUCACCCUUCGGGGGGCCAAGGGUGCCGAGGAGGACGGGCUCUGCGCGAAGCACAGGGAAGCCCUGAAACUCUACUGCAAGGAUGACCGGAGAACCAUCUGCGUGGUGUGUGACAGGUCCCGGGAGCACCGUCCGCACGCUGUGGUACCCAUUGAUGAGGCAUCUGAGGAGUACAAGGAGAAAAUCCAGGGACGCUUGGACUUCCUGAAAAAGGAGAGGCAAGAGCUGCUGGAGUUUAAAGUGAAUGAUGAUAAGAAAACCCAGGAGCUGUUGAAAACCAUUGAGAACGAGCGGCAGAAGCUGCUCUUGGAGUUCGAGAGGCUGCGGCAGUUCCUGCACGACCAGGAGCACAUCCUCCUGGGGCAGCUGGAGAAGAUGGAGAAGAACAUUGCCAAAAGGCAGAACGAGAACAUCACUGACCUCUCCAAGGAGAUCACACUCCUCAACAAGCUCAUCACGGAGCUGGAGGAGAAAAUCCAGCAGCCCAUGCUUGAGUUCCUCAAGGAUGUUAUGAACAUCAUAAGCAGAAGUGAUGAUGUGAAGUGCCAGAAGCCUGUGCCAGUAUGCACGGAUAUGAAAAUGCACAUCUGCAAUUUCUCCCUCAAGACCGUUGUCCUUGAGAAAGUCUUAAAGAAAUUCAGAGAAAACCUGCAAGAUGAACUGGGAAGAGGUGAAAAAGAGGACCUGACCCUGGAUCCUGAUUCAGCAAACCACCUCCUCAUCCUCUCUGCAGACCUCAAGAGUGUGAGGAUGGGCUGUAGGAAACAGGAGCUGCCCGACAACCCCAAGAGAUUCGACACGAACUCGCGGGUGCUGGCUACCACAGGCUUCAAGUCGGGAAGACAUUACUGGGAAGUGGAGGUGGGGGCCUCGGACGGUUGGGCCUUCGGGGUGGCCAAGGAGUCUGUCAGAAGGAAAGGUCUGACGCAGUUUUCCCCCGAAGAAGGGAUCUGGGCAGUGCAGCAAAAUGGAGGUCGCUACUGGGCGGUUACCUCGCCCCAACGUACCCUGCUGUGCCUCAGCCAGAAACUCAAUAAGGUCAGGGUGUACCUGGAUUACGAAGGGGAAGAAGUCUCCUUCUACAAUGCUGACAACAUGCAGCACAUCUUCACCUUCAACGUUGCCUUCCAGGAGAAGGUGUUCCCUCUCUUUUCGGUCUGUUCUACCAUUACGUACAUCAAACUGUGCCCCUGAGAUUUCUCUUGGGCUUCGCUGAGGACCCGUCUCCAUGGUUUUCACUGGAUGGUGCCCAGGCAGCAGCGUUGAGCACAAGAGACUCUCAAAUCAACCACGCAGUCUGGUUCGUUGGUACAUUGGCAGGCAGAUAGCUGCUAGAUGGGCAACCAGGUAGUCAGGGAAAAAUAUCACAAGGACGGUCUUCAGAUCAGCUUAAAACAGAGAACAGAUACUGAAAUCAUCAGCAAUCUCCAGAAGGUUGUGGUCAUCAUCUUAACCCCAUCUCUGAACCAACUCACCUCUUCAGUGAGAAGGAAACCAGUGGUAGUUGGUUUCUGGCUCCAAGUCUGAUAAGGGAUGGGUAUUUUUCUUUUCUUGUGUGGGUCUAAGGAUCAAUAUUAGAGCUGGUGACAAGUUUUGGAGUGGAGCCUCCACCCCUUUAUAAGUGUCAAUGACUUAAAAAUGAAAUGUUUAGUGGGUAAACGUCCUGUGGGAAAAGUAGAGAGAGUAACACUGAGCAGGACAUGUUGGACAUCCAUCCAAAGACAGAAUAGGCAAAGCUCCUUUCUAUUUGAUCAAGUGAAAUCAAAUUAGAAAGUUUUGCUCCCUCUGAAGUGAAUUUAAUGGGAUUUUCUAUUGUUUUAGUAUGCUAUUGCUCCCAACAAACUGUAGUCACCACCUCCAUGCCAAAAGUGGAACUCCUGCCCAGGUGCCUUCACUUCUACAAGACUUAGGAGGAGGUAGUUAGGCUUAUUAACUGGUCCUACUGGAUGUGAGAAAAACCCAUGUUUCUGAAUUUUGGUGCUCCUGUGUAACUCCUCCUGAGGUCCCCUCUACAUAGAAGAUGUUUUCAAAAUAGCCCCUCAAGGUUAUCCUGCUUUGCCCAUAGUAAUGAAGAUUUCAAGUGCAGAAUCUUGUAUUUCCUCGGGCUCUCUUUACUGCUCAGUUCUCAGCAAAAUCACCCAUUUACCUUUAUGUUCUGUUUUCUUUUUCUGGAAAUUGUCACUCUUUGCCAAGACAGCAAAUGCUUAACAUGUGGCUUGCUUUGUUCACCGUUGCUUUUGCCAAAACAAAGCAGCCUUUAAAAAAUAAGCGUAUUAUUGUCUGAAGUGAUGAAAAAUAUGGUUUCUGGUUUGGGGGCAUUGUUGGUUGGCUUUUAAACCUUUUCUAGAAAAUGUUAGUCCUUUUUAGGAAAUACAUAGUUGGGUCAAUGGGGGCAGCUUUUCUUUAAUCAAGAAAAACAUGUCCUGGCUGGUUCUAAGAUGAGAAAAAGACAUUUCUGUGCAUAGCUGAUCCUCAUAUGUCCAAUGAUCCUCCAAUGCCAACAAUUUGUUGGUUGAACAAGUGCAUUUCCUAUGUUUUAGGGGUUUUAACCCCUUCUCUGCAGUAAAUCCAUGUUGCAGCAGCAGAAUAAAAUGAAAAUGCUGUAGCCCUCUCCCAGGGCACACAGAUCCUGUGUGUGCAGCCGGUGGUUGCCCUAAACACCUUCAAUUGGUUUCCACCAGCUUGUGCCCUUGGUUGUGAAGAUAUGCUGUCUGUCAAAGGCCACCUUAGAAAGUGACCCUGCAAAGGGUGACAUCAAAACCCAAACAGACCAGAAGUGGAGUGAAUCCACAAAAAACCAUGUUUAUGUUGCUAACUUGGUGAAGAGGUGCUUUUUCCCCAGGUUUACUGGUGUAUCUUCUCAUGCACCAUUGAAGGUUUUCUCUGUGCACAGCUGAGCCCUUAGCUCUGUCCCAAAUAAUGGACAUUUGGCCAGGAGCUACUGGAGAUGAAGCACAAUUCAUCUCCUGUGAGAUAUGUUAAUGCAGGAUCAGGUGAAUUUAAGAUGCCAUUAGUCAUAAAAAGAGCUGGGGGUGACUGGUUUAGGCAUGAACAUCUCCAUUUUCAGCUGGUGGGUUGUUUCCUGAAGGUCUACUUUUUUUUUUUUUUAAAUGAGUUUGGCUUUAAAUCCACAUUAUUUAAAGCUGCAGCAACUCUUAGAAAGGUCAAGCUGUGAAGAGGUGAGCAAAAUGCCUGAAUUUUCUAAGCUCCAUCCACUGCUGAAGCUAUGCCACUGUAGAAAUGAUAUAAAUAAAUAAAAAUCCCUACUAUAAGAAAGGUAUUAGCAGGAGAUACAGUAUUUCUUAUGUCGUGACUUGGUGUUUGUCUUGUCUGUACGUGAGAAAUGCUUCUUCAGCAAACCAAAACUACUUUGGUACUUUCUGCAAGCAGAAAACAUUGCCUGAGCGGAUUUGAAACCUCCCAGAUUGUUCCUAGCCCAUGUGCUGGAAAUAAAAUUUGAAGGUGCUA